AUGCAGUUCCAAGGAGACCUCAAGGAGGACAUCUCACAGCCUCACAUUGCAAUCAUGAAGGCACGCAUAGAGGAUGCGGUUGUAUAUUCGCCGUAUCCCAAAGUCGAUAUUCCAAUAUGUUCAGUCUACAGCGCGAUCAGCAAAUUUUUAUCCAUGCGACCAGAAAAGCUAGCCGUCGUGGACGAGCAGAUAAGCCUGACCAGAGGGGAGUUCCUGGUGCGUAUGAAGCGCUACGCGGCAGGCUUCCAGGCACAUGGCCUUGGACCUGAACAUCGUGUCGCAGUGCAUCUUGGUAACAGUGCCGAGAACCUUACAGCGCUGUUCGCACUCACAUUCACUGGUGCUUCGGUCAUCCUUUGUAACCCAGUCCUGAAUCAAGACGAACUUCUCUUCCAAAUGAGUGACGGUGGCGCAACACAUGCCUUCACGAGUUCACAACUAGCGCCAAAACUGUUGGCGGUCAGCUCAAAACUACAGCUCAAGGGCAUUUUCGUUACCGGCGAAGCAGAUGGCUUCAUUAACGUAAGCAAGUUUCCGGAACAAAGCGAAACGAAUUUUCGUGAAGUUUCGGUGGAAGACCCAAAGAAAACCACGGUAGCGCUCUUCUACUCGUCUGGUACGACUGGCCACGCAAAAGGCAUGGAGAUUUCUCACUACAGCUUCGUAGCCAAUCUCCAUAUGACCGGGUCUGUCCUAACUUACGAAGAAAAAGAGAAUGACGUGCUUCUGGCUUGGUAUCCCUUGACGUAUGCCUCGGGCUUUCUGUUCACUAUCGUGGCAGCGUGCGUCGGCUCCACCUGCGUCAUCGUAAGCCCGGGCAUCUCUUUCGACGAGCUCGUCUACUACGUUAACAAGUACAAGGUGACGACACUGGCGAGUGUGCCGACCCGCCUUCACUACUACUUGUCAGAUAUGGAGCGGACGGGCACGGUCCUCCCAUCCGUUCGUAAGCUGAACGUGGGCGGCACGGUGCUGACGUGCUCUCUUGCCGACCGUCUGCGAGCCGCCUUCCCAGGUCUGCGUUGCCUGCGCAACCUGUACGGAAUGUCUGAAUCUUGCAGCGUGCUUUGCUCACCGCCCACGGACGAGAUCAGCGCCGCCAACAUCGGCUUCCCAGCCCCAAUGGUGGAGCUCAAGGUGCGAAACCUAAUAUGGAACGCUCGCUGGUUUCAAUAA